GUAGUUUUGACUUCCUCGUUGAAAUUUGGGAGUUGGGUGAGAGAACUGAGAAGUGAGAACCCUUUCGCAACGCCGUAGCCGUUUUCACUCUGCAACAAAUAAACAAACACCUUCCGUGCAAUUUGCUUUGUCGCAGAGUUCAUACUAACAAAAUGGUCUUCGAAAGCUAUGUAGUUGUACACAACAUAGCAAAACGGCACAACGUAGGAACACUAGCACGAAGUGCAACAGCAUUCGGCGUAUCCGAACUAAUCCUCGUUGGUCGUAGAGAUUUCAACAGUUUCGGUAACCAUGGUUCUUCAAACCACCUUCGAUUUCGUCACUUUCACUCACUUCAAGAUGCUAAACAUUUUCUCAAAGACAAAGAUUGUGACAUUUGUGGCGUCGAGAUCACACACGAUGCUCUUCCUGUUAAUCAACAUCCUUUUAAGAAAAACACUGCUUUCUUGCUUGGUAAUGAAGGUUCCGGUCUUUCGAUGAAGGAGUGUGAGAUUUGUGAUUUUUUUGUUUAUAUUCCGCAAUAUGGGUGUGGUACUGCUUCUCUGAAUGUUACUGUUGCUGCUUCUAUUGUGCUUCAUCAAUUUGGAGUCUGGGCAGGUUUUGCUGAGAGAUCUCGUGAUGGAAAUAAAUUUGUUGUAGCAGAGAGACCUGUGAAACAUGGUCGACGAAAUUACUGCACUGAAACAGAUGAUUCCGUCAUCGAAGAGCGUAGAGCCAGAAGAGAGAAUGCCGCCAAUGGUUUCUUUGAAGAAGCUGAGAGUAGCAAUUCAUCUUCAAACCUCCUUGAUGCAUUGUUUGUUGAUGGUUGAUGGAAGAUGUGUGAUUACUUGACGAUCAAUUUACAGAUUGUAGUUUAGGGCUUAAAUGCUUCGGUUGCGGUAGAAGAGAACCGACAUCUUAGGUAUCUAAUGUGGUUUGGAGAAAACUGAUUAUUACAUAAUUUAUACAGAGGCAUUAGCUGGAUGAAGAUUUCUACUCUCAUUAGGUGUGUAUGUUGUUUUACGGUGUGAGUUGGCAACAACUGUCACUAAUAACAGGAAAUAAUUUGAAGAUUGUAAAAAACAGUUUUGCUUAGAUUGAUUACUCUUCCAACUAUAACACUGCCAUUUGCUCUACUGAUAUGGUUAUUUAAGCAGCUUUAAACAA